AUGCGUGGGUUCACGGCUUCCCACGGAAUCCAUGUACUCGCGGCACGUGAGAUGGGUACUGUGCUAGCAGCUACUGUGGCACAGACAGACAGGAGCAGACAUUGCUUCUCAAUGGAGUCCUCGCCGACCCGUUCCUGCCGAUCCUCCCACCCGGCCUAUGACGAUGACGCUGCUCACGAACUGCAGCCCAUUCAGCCCUCCAAAGACGAGCCAACGUCAACGUCGACGACAACAUCAACGCCAAUGACAACGACAAUCACAUCGACAUCGACGCCAUUGCCAUUGCCAUGGACGACUGGCAAGACGCGCGUGCGCUUCAACAGCGCUGCUGAUACCGCUACCGACGUCCCAGAACCUCCCCCACUGCAGGAUCACCUUGCCCCCCCAGUGACCAGCACUGGCUCGCCCUCGCAUAACAGCGACCAGCACACGGCCGAGGCCGAAGAGCUGCUUCUUGCACACCAUGAAUACACCCACGGCCACACCAAGGACGUCUGCCGGCCGCCUCCACAAACGACCUCCUCUACUGACAAAGGCAAGGGCCAGGGCAAGGGCAAGAACAAGACCCACCAGGGCGAAGACGAGGACGAGGCCUAUGCAGUGACGAGCAGUACCAAUGGCGGCAUCUUCUACCAAUUGCUUCAGGCCUACAGAACACCCAUGCCACCGCCAUCACCAUCAGUUCCUGCCACGACAGCCGACACCCCCUCUGAGGCCGGCAGGGUAUCGCCUGGCCCCCCAUGCGCAUCCUCAUCAGGCGCGGCCACACCCUCGAACAGGCGCAAGUGGUACAAGGCAGACAAGGCCGUUCCCUCGCAAGAAACACUGGCCACACUCAUUGGCGCCUCAGCCAAGCUGGCGAAUCCCAACAUGGAGAAGCAAGACGCCGCCGUGCGUCCUCGCUACCACAGGCGCACCAGCAGCGGCCUCCUGGCCAAGGUGGUCAAGGCCAGGGAAGACCAGGAUGUGCGCAUCAAGGUCCACGUCGCCAACAUCCUCAAGCGCCAGCAAUACAUCAUCCGCAUGUGCCGCGCUCUCAUGCUCUUUGGCGCCCCAACACACCGACUCGAAGAGUACUUGGCAACGACUGCCAAAGUGCUCGAGAUCAACAGCCAGUUUCUCUACAUCCCCGGUUGCAUGCUGAUUUGCUUUGAUGACAGAUAUUCUCACACUGCAGAGGUCAAAAUGGUCCGUACCGUUCAGGGCGUCAAUCUCGGCAAGCUCAAGGACACGCAUGACAUCUACAAAGAGGUGCUUCACGACCUCAUUGACCUAGAUGAAGCUCUGGCUCGUCUCGACACCAUCAUCAAUGCAACAGACUGUCAUCCCGUCUGGCUCACAGUCAUCAUGUAUGGCCUGGCAAGUGCUGCCAUCUCCGUCUUCUUCAAGGCCCGCUGGGUCGACAUGCCAGUCAUCUUUGUCCUAGGUUGUCUCCUAGGUCUCCUGCAGCUGGUCAUUGCGCCCUUGUCUAAGACGUACAGCACAGUGUUCGAGAUUUCCGCCACCAUCUUGAUGAGCUUCCUUGCCCGUGCUUUUGGAAGCAUCAACAACGGCAACCUCUUUUGCUUCUCGGCCAUUGCCCAGAGCGCCAUCGCCAUGAUCCUCCCAGGCUGGCUCGUCCUCUGUUCAGCCCUUGAGCUACAGUCACGCGCAAUUGUACCCGGCUCCAUCCGCCUCGUCUUCGCCAUAAUCUACUCUCUCUUUCUGGGCUAUGGCAUCACUGUUGGUACAGCCAUCUACGGCGCAAUAGACUCCAACGCCACCAACUCGACACAAUGCCAGAACCCACUGAAUCCCUACUGGAACUUUCUCUUCGUUCCCCUCUACGUCUUCUUCACAACCUUCACCGUCCAGGCCAAGUACAAGCAGAUGCCAGCCAUGGUCCUCAUAGCAUUCGCCGGUUAUAUUGUAAACUUCUACGCAAACAAGAAGUUUUCAUCCAGCGCACCCAUCGCCUAUACAUUCGGUGCAUUUACCAUUGGCAUCCUGGCCAAUUUGUACAGUCGGCUACGUCAUGGUGUCGCCGCUGCCGUCCUACUCCCUGCAGUCUAUGUCCAAGUACCCGGCUCGCUCGCUUCGAGCGGCAGCAUCAACUCCGCCCUAAAGACAGCAGCAGCGCUGAUCCAAGGCUCUAAAGGAGCAGUAGACUCUACUACGGACAGCUUGAACGCUAUCGUUUUCAACGUUGCAGCGUCUAUGAUUCAGAUCGCUAUAGGUAUUACCGUUGGACUGUUCAUGGCAGUACUACUCGUUUAUCCAUUGGACAAGCGACGCAGUGGCUUGUGGACACUUAACUCGACAGCGAGAUUUUCAAGAUUACUGGCACUUCUCCUGGAUGCGUGGUGUCAAGGUGAAAGCCAAGCCAUGCGAUUCAGAUUCCGAUUUGCCCAAAGUUUCCACAGAACGACAGCGACCAAAUUCGCCACACGCCAUGCGCCAAAGCCUGCCCUUGACGCAUCCUACCAUAAAUAUGUGCCUUCCAUCUACCCUAUGCGUCCGCAGCAUAGUCCCGGAACAUAUGCUACACCAAUCCUGCCCUUUGAUGCGGUAUUCAAUUAUCGUAGGGCUCAGAUGAUUGCUGCAUACUGGUCCAUGGUAUGCAUCAUCAAGGAAGUUGACAAGUUCCGCGAUCGCUCAAGCGUAGAAGCAAUAGAAACCCAAACAGGCCUCAAGGGCGGAUUGCUGGAUCUUAUCGUACAAGGGUCUGAUUCGAUGGUUCCCCGCUGGCCCAAUCAAAGAUUGGCCAUCCCUAUAGGGUGGCUAAAACAUAAGACGAAGGUGCAUUACCAGCUACGGUGCAGAGACAACACAUGGUUGUCUCUGCAGCGGGACAGCGGCAUGGCUGAUGUCGUGACGCGGGGUUCGCCGGUAAUUGCCAGUGACGGGAUACUGUCAUUAACGGAUAAUCUAACCAGCAGCAUUACAGACUGA